AUGUUGCCCUACAUCAACGCCCCGUUUGUCUACGUCGCUGGCAAACUGGGCGCAGCACCUGACGAAUUGAAACUCAUCUUCUCCUUUUUGUUGUCAUAUCCCUUGGCCGGAGUACUCAAACGCAUACCCGACUCGAAACCCGCGCAGAAGAAUGCUUUCAUCAUUGCAGUGUCCAUGUUCUACUUGGUCGGGCUUUUCGACCUGUGGGCUGGUCUACGUACCAUCUUGAUCAGUUCUAUAGGUGCAUACGCAAUUGCCGCAUACAUACAGGGGCCUUAUAUGCCAUGGGUUGGUUUCGUGUUCCUCAUGGGACACAUGUCUGUCAACCACAUCUAUCGCCAGAUCGUCAACGACCCUAGCACCAUCGACAUUACCGGUGCACAGAUGGUUUUGGUUAUGAAGUUGACAGCUUUCUGCUGGAAUGUUUAUGAUGGUACACUGCCUGAAGCCACCCUGACUGACCACCAAAAGGAACGCGCUUUGAGAAAGUUACCUAGCCUGCUUGAUUAUGCUGGUUUCGUGUUCUUCUUUCCCUCGCUGUUUGCAGGCCCUGCCUUUGACUAUGUGGAUUACAGAAGAUGGAUCGAGACUACCAUGUUUGAGCUUCCUCCAGGGGUCGACCCCUCAAAGGCUCCUCCUACUCGCAAGCAACGCAAGAUCCCUCGCAGUGGUACACCUGCAGCCUGGAAAGCCGCAUUCGGUCUUCUCUGGAUUCUUGCCUUCCUACAGUUCUCUGGCUACUACUAUACCGACUUCUUGCUUUCUGACGGCUACAAGCAGUACGGACUUCUUCGUCGCAUCUGGGUCUUGCAUAUGCUUGGUUUCACCACUCGCAUGAAGUAUUAUGGUGUCUGGUCUCUCACUGAGGGUGCUUGCAUUCUCUCUGGAAUUGGUUACAAGGGCAUAGACCCCAAGACCGGAAAGGCUGAUUGGAACAGACUGCAGAAUGUGAAGCCUCGUGAAAUCGAAUUGGCUCAGAGCAGCCAUGCCUACUUGGGCAAUUGGAACAUCAACACCAAUGUGUGGUUGAGAAACUAUGUCUAUCUUCGUGUCACGCCUAAGGGUAAGAAGCCUGGCUUCAGAGCUAGUAUGGCUACCUUUGUCACCAGUGCAUUCUGGCACGGCUUCUACCCUGGCUACUACCUUGCCUUUGUGCUCGCAAGUUUCAUCCAAAAUUCUGCAAAGAACUCACGCCGCUUGAUCCGCCCCUUCUUCAUGAGCCCCGAUGGCACAAAAGCUCUGCCUUCGAAGCGCUACUACGACAUCUUCACCUGGCUAUGCACUCAACUCGCCUUCUCCUUCACCGUGGCGCCCUUCAUCUUCCUCGGCUUCAGCGACUCUCUCCUAAUCUGGCAGCGCGUCUACUUCUACACCGUCAUCGGUGUAACCGCAACUUCGCUUUUCCUUCUCUCUCCCGGAAAGCAAUUCCUGCAGCAAAAGGUCAAGCAACACUCCAAACCUAGCGAAGGCCAGGUCAAGAAGGAUCUCGAGAAGGAAACCAGAAACCCGACUUUGGGUUUGCCUGAUGAUCCUGGUCGUGCUUGGGACGAGAUGGUCGAGGAGAUUACAAAUGAGAUUCAGGAGAGGAAGAGAAAGGGAUUGCCUAUUCCUGCAAAGUUGAGACAGGAGGCGGAGGCUGUUGGAAAGAAGGUCACCUAG